CAUUGAGAUGAACACAUUUGUGCAAAUCUGAACUGAACUGAACUGGAUUGAACAAUUUUAAAUAUUUACAAUGCAGAGAUAAUAACAAGGUUGCUGAUCCAAUUUCCAUGAAUGAACUCUGUCUUUGUUAAUAUUGGCUUUACUUCUUUGUUGUUUGGGGUCUCACAGACUCCACUGCUGUAUGUAUAAAAUAACAACAACAACAACAACAAUAAUAAUAACAAUGCAUGCAAAAUCCACCAGUUUCUUCCUUUAAACACAGUAUUAAAUAUUUUUUUUCAUUUUCUUCUGACCUUUUUAAAUACCCAAUAUGUAUUGAAAUGGUAACCCCUUCCCUUUGCCACAAACUGGGUUUGCAGAUUUAAUAAAGGAGAGAAAAUACAAAAAUGACCAUAAAGUAUUGUUAUGAUAACCAAUUAGGAAAUAUAUCAUGUUUUAUAUGUUACAUAGGCUACACAUGCACAAAUAUUACUUUCCAUUGCAAUAUUUACAGACAAAGAAAUGUACAGUAUGCUUUCCUACAUAGUGAUGUCAGUUAGGAGAGAUACAGGAUAAGUAGACUAGAAAUAGACUAGAAAUACAGUCAUAAUGCAGGAAUAAGUUGUAAGGUGCCCCAAAGGCAACACAUGAAAUAAAAGUGCAGCAGGGAAACCAGUCAAUCAAGAGUUUUUAACUUAGAUUUGAAACUGGCUACAGUUGGGGUGCAUUUAAAAUCAUCAGGAAGGUGGUUCUAUCUGUGUGCAGUGUUGGAGCUAAAGCCUGCUCCACACUGUUUGGUUCUGUAUUGAGGUUCGACUGGUUGACUACUUCCUAAAGAUCUAAGGGCCCUGCUGGGUUUAUAUUCUUCAAGGAGCUCAGAAAUAUAUUUUGGCCCAGGGUUGUUGAGUGAUUUAUAAACUAGCAGCAGCACUUUAAAAUCUAUUCUAUAAGUGACUGGAAGCCAGUGUAAAGAUUUAAGACCAGAUGCUCAGUUCUCCUGGUUUUUUAGAACUCUGGCAGCAGCAUUCUCAAUGUGUUGAAGUUGUCUAAUGGUCUCUUUAAGAGGACCAGACAAGAGAAUGUUGAAAAUGCUGAUUUAGUUACUGCUUUAAUUUGGCUGCUGAAGCUCAGAUCUGAGUCAAUCAAAAAAACAAAAAAUCUAACUUGGGCUUUUGGCUUUAUAGAUCUGGAAUCAAGCUGAGCAAUAACUUUCAUUCAUUCUUCCUUGUUGCCAAAUACAAUUUCUGACUUGUAUUUAUUUAAUUGAACAAACUUUAAUUGCAUUAAGCUAUUUACUAGCUCUGAGCAUUGACGGAGCAAGUCUAUAUUUUACCAUGAGUAUUUAGAUGUAUGUCAUUUAGCACCUUUAGCAGUGAUAGCAGUAAAUGUUGAUGAUGUAGCCAAAUUAUUUUGCAUGGUUGCAGCACUGGUCUGAUAUUUUAAAUCACUCACUCAACUAACUCAUUACAUUUACUGAGAAAUAAGAAGUCAGGGGCUUACUGUAUUACUGUGGGAAUUACUUAGCUUCUCAACAGUGGUGAAUAAUGAGAACGGUUGAUAUUCCUGUCAAUGCUGUUUGGAGAAAAGUUUGUCUAGCCUUAUUUAUUUCAGAAUUAUAAAUACGAAGCCUCUCUUUAAAAGUGCUGUAGCUUUCCAGAGAUGGAUUGCAACAAUAUAACACUGAGCACUGCAUUCUGCUCAUAGUAUGACAUUACAUUUUGUGCAAUUACCUGUCUAUAUCUUACAUCUAUUACAUCAUUAAUCAGUGUGUGAAGCAGACAGCUCUGUCUACGCUUGUAACAUUCUGGACUUGUGGGUAGCAAUUGCCACAACUCAUGCUAUGUUUUACCACUGACUGUUAACUCAUUAUCUUUUUUAACAAGUUUCAUUAUUUUUUAUCUUAUCAAUUUCAGUUCUUUCAGAAAAUGACUGAAGAUUUAAGUUAAUGAGGAUAUGCAGUCUCGACCUUUGCACCACACCUUCAUCUUAAGAGGUCCUUCAGCAUGAUCAACAUCUCUGACAGCAUCACAGUUGCUGGCUUUUGCUAUUUUGUCUCCUUAUCGUCUUUCUGAUCAUCAUUUAUACUUUAAAUGUUUCUACACUUCAAACCACAUCAGUGCUCGACUAUAAUUGAUUUAUUAUCUUUAUUUAUUAUUGUUUAAUUUGAGUUUCUUCAUUUAGCAGGGUCAUUAGCUAAGAAAGAAAGAAAGGAUACAGCACAAUAAAUCAGCCAAGAGUUCAGCAAAGAUUAUAAUUAAUGUACUGUAUGUCAGUGGGCUAUAACCCAGGAUGCCUAUCUAAGUUUUUAACCCCUCAAUUAUCCACCACCAUAAAAUGACACUGUAAUAUUCCAUAGCACUCAAAAUAUGCAAAUCCAACAUGCGACAUCUAUUCAUAACUAUAUUUUACUUAAACAAAUAAAAAAUGAAAUGAAAUGAAAUUGCAUUAAAUGGCCUACAGACAAGCUGGUUUUCAUAAUAAUUUAUGAGAUGCUUUGGCACUGCAACAUCAACGAUCAUACAGGCCUAAUCAACAUGUGUUGAAUCUGUCUUUAAUCUUACAUAAUGCUGAGGAAACUGUUGAACUUUGAGGUGCAAUUAAAGAAAUCGUGGGAGGUCCGUCAGUAAAUCUGAAUUAAUAUGUUUUCUAGUGUGAAAUGAGAGCAGACGCAGUUAUGUAGAUUCCAAGAUUAUCCCUGAUACAAUCUUUCAAGCGAAUUUUGAGUUUGACCUCUGGGUAGGCUUGUUUUUAUUUUAUAUCAAACUUCCUAGAAUAUGUGCAUACUAGGAUUGUUGUCAUUGUUCACCCUGGGGGAUAGGGGUUCUUUACAAUAGAUUAGGAAUGUUGAUAAAAUAAAUCUAAAAGGAAGAUUGAACAUGUUUCUCAGAAUUUUGAACCAGAUUGUACUGAUUUCCCACUCUGAGGCUUUAUAAAUAAGGAGGCUAGUGUUUCUUUGAAGAGACAUUAAAUAAGACCCUGUUACGCGCCAAGCCACCUCGCUGUUCUUGUUGGGACAGGAGCACUCACACAUAAUUAACAGGUGGUCCCCGCUGCAGUUUUGCAUACAGCCCUGUGUAUCAGCAGCUGCACAUCUCAAAGACAAACUGACUUAGUGGGACUCCUGCCUGUCAAACAUGAAGAUGCUCUGGCUGAGUCUUCUGACUGUUAUGAUGCCCAGCAAGACUCUUGUUAUGAGCUUGCCUCUCUGGAACCCAGUCCUGCCUACACAACCCCAUGCUGGACCAUCUGAAGCUGACUGGGAGUUUGCAGAGGAAUAUCUAAAGCAUUUCUAUGGCUACCAGCCCAAGCCAGAUAGACGGAAGAGGACCGCAGACAAUAGUAUUGAUGCUGAUUGGACGACUGGAUUCUGUGAUAAGGUCCAGGAGAUGCAGCGCUUCUUUGGUUUGCCUCAGAGUGGAGAGCUCACCAAAGAGACUCUGGAAGUUAUGAAGAGGCCGCGCUGUGGUCUGUCAGAUGUUGAACGAUUUGGAGACACCAUGCGCUGGAAGAAGCACAACAUCAGUUACAGGAUUGCCGGCUAUAACCUCACCAUCCCGGCCUCACAGAUCCACAAACUCUUCAAGGCAGCAUGGAAGCUCUGGUCCAACGUUACGCCGUUACAAUUUCGCAAGCGGAGCAGGAAAGAGGCUGACAUUGUCAUCUCCUUCCACAGUGGCGACCAUAAGGACGGCUCACCCUUUGAUGGCAAAAAAGGAAUCCUGGCUCACGCCUUUAUGCCUGGGUUUGGUAUUGGUGGAGACGUACACUUUGAUGCUGAUGAAGACUGGAGCUUUAAUUCUACUGGUUUCAACCUAUUUGCCGUGGCAGUCCAUGAAUUCGGCCAUGCACUUGGCCUGUCCCACUCGUCUGAUCCCGGAGCUAUCAUGUACCCAUCAUACAACUUUGCCCCCAAUUAUGAGCCUCAGCUUUCCUUCCGUGAUGUCAAAGACAUCCAACACUUGUAUGGUAUUGGUUCGAAUUUUGCUGAACUAUCCUCAAAAAACCCUCCUCCAAGAACACCUGACAAAUGUGACCCAGAUCUGUCUUUUGAUGCUGUAACACAAUUACAGCAGGAGAUCCUGUUUUUCAAAGACCGAUUUAUGUGGCGUAAACAUCAUCAGUUUGAGGAGACGAAAAUCACUCUGAUUAGCGGUCUGUGGUCUGACAGUGUACCUUACUCCUUGGAUGCUGUCUAUGAGAAUUCAGGGAGGAAUUUUCUUCUGUUUUUCAAGGGUCAUCAGUACUGGAUGCUGAGGCAGUUAAAUCUCGAGGAAGGUUAUCCAAGAAACAUCUGGGACCUGGGCCUCCCCUCCAGAAUAAAAUCUAUAGAUGCUGCUCUUCACUUCACCAAUGACCACUAUACUGUGUUCUUCACUGGCCACGAGUGUUGGAGGUAUGACGAGCAGCAGAAGACGAUGGAGGGAUCACCAACACUCAUAAAGCAGCAGUGGCCGGGGAUCCCAUAUCCCAUAGAUGCAGCUGUCUUCUAUGAGGGAUUUGUGCACUUCUUCAAGGGGAAUGUCCACUACAAAUAUGACUCCAACUCCAAACGUGUCGUCUCCACUGGCCCUGCUAACGACUUGCUGGAAUGCAAGAAGGACAACAAUGAAAUCCUGAUGGUGGGCAGAUAACUGAAAUAGAUGCUGUGUAUCUGCUGUGUGUGUGUGUAUACACGAAGUGUUACAAAACUGUAUAUUCAGCAAUAACCACAAUGUGGCAAAUACCAAUUUGGGAACUGAUGAAUAAUCAAGGGAAGUGGUUAAAAGUGUUGCCUCAGUGUGUAAUACAAUGUUGUAAUAAUGGUAUUUGUACAUUGUUUUAAAAUGUUUUGUGUUGUGUUUGAUUUUACAAUUGUCUGAUAUUUUAUUUGAAUGUUGUUGCUAGAUAUGUUUGUGUUCUGUGAAACUGUGAUCUACUUCUCACAUAUUUUGACGGCAAAAUUGUAACAUUAUAUUUCUCCAGAGUAAAAAAAGAGAGAAUCUUUGUUUUUUUUAUUGCAACACAUUCACUCUGUUUGCAUGCACUGGUGUUGAUCAAUUAACCUGAGACAAUACUUUGCACAAGAAGACAUUACUUUUCCUGUCAAUGUCCAAUAUUAGGUAACAGUGACCAAAAUGUAGCUUUCCAUUAACAUUGAUGUUCAAAGUGGUAAUAAAUUAUUACAGACAUAUCAGGGUGGAAAAUAACUACCUAUAGUUGACCUAUGCAGCUUCACCAUCACACGAAAAACCCUUCAUGCAGGUACAGCAGCAUUUCAUAUGUUAUAGAUUAACUGACUUUAGUGCUUUUUUAAAAUCAAUGGAAGUUACAAGAUGAUAAUGCCAUUUUCCUGUAUGUGACUCACGUCAAUAAAUGUAAUCGAUAUGACUGCUUGGAUUUUGUGAUGCGGUAUCUGAUUAAAAUUGUGCAGCAU